ACGCAACAUCUCACUUCGCUUAGUACAUAACUCACAAAGACAGAGAGAGAGAGAUCCAUCCAUCCAUCCUCCGCCACCGCCAUCACCACCACCAUGGCGACGGCGACGGCGGCGGAGCCAGAAUUAAAAACUUACUGGUGUCACGAAUGCGACAUGAGCGUGGCUCUCACUUGGUCUCCCUCUCCUUCUCUUUUGUGCCCUCAUUGCCACACCCACUUCCUUGAGCUCAUGGACUCUCCCUUGUCCCAAAACGACGCCGAAUCACCACCACUCCCUUCCGCCCUCUUCGACGUCGUUUUCCAAGACGCCCUCGCUCUACUCUCCCCACAACCUCGAUCCGCAACCUCCAAGACUCUCACCGUGCCCGUAAUUGCAGUGACCAAAACCUUGCUCUCUGAGCUGGACCCAAACGGCGUCGUUUUGUGCGCCGUAUGCAAGGACCAAAUCUGCGUGGACAACGACGCCAAGCAACUACCUUGCAAGCAUUUGUAUCACUCCGAUUGCAUCACGCCCUGGCUGGAGCAGCUUCACGGUUCCUCCUGUCCCCUCUGCCGGUUUCCGAUGAGGGAAGAUUUAGAUGAUGAUGGUGAUGGUGAUGGUGAUGGUGAUGAUGAUGAUGCUUUGUCGCAGUCUUCGCGGACGAGGCAGCUGGUGGUGAGGCUGUCGGAGUUGACUGAGGAUGAUUUCUACGGUUUGAGAACCACUCUCAAUCACAUUGCUUCUAGACUCGCCCUCCUCGACUCGAAUAAUGAGAAUCGUGUCCAAUUGAAUGAACCUGGUGAUGUUGCUGGUGAAUCAGGAUGCUGAUGUUGUCGUGUCUGAAAAUUCAUCACGGUAAUUGAGGUAUAUAGUGUAUUAAAAGAAUGUUGAGGUUGUAUCACCAUAGAUCGUCUUUCAAGUGUAAAUCUGCACGGACGAUUAAGUUUCUCCUUCUCUUUUCCCUCCUUUUUUGGGGAACUCCAACUAGCUAGUUGUAGUGUUAUAGCCAGAAAUACAAUAAAUCGAUGGAGUGUACGAGUAAUGUGCAUCCUCCACUCUCUCUGUGUAGGUUCUUGGAACUGGAUUCUGAACCCAGAUUCUCCUCCAUUUUAGGCAAUAAAAUCUUUGUAAAAUUCAGCUUUCGUUUGUAUAGUAUCUGAAUUGUUGAAUUGGAUCAUUUCCACUAAAUCAUUUUUUUAUCACAAUUUUUAU